AGUAAUCAACGAAGGAGAAGUGAAAAAGUAAACUGCAACAUGGCGACUCCCAUGCACAGACUGAUAGCGAGGAGACAAGCUGAGGCGAAUAAACAACAUGUGCGCUGCCAGAAGUGUUUGGAGAUGGGACACUGGACCUACGAAUGCACAGGGAAACGGAAAUACGUGCACAGACCGACGAGAACAGUUGAGAUGAAAAAGAAACUCAAGGAGGUUGAAAACCAGCCCCUCAGCAUCACUGGACCAGGAAGUGAAGGAACCACUGAGAAGAAAGUUAAAAAGAAGACCAAAGACUCCAGCGGCAGUAGCAGCGAGGAUGACAGCUCCUCCAGUGACUCGUCGUCAGACAGCAGCGACGACUCCAGCUCCUCUUCAGACGACAGCGACAGCAGCAGUGACAGCGACGACGACAGCUCCUCCUCGUCUUCGUCCUCCUCCUCUUCAGACAGCUCCGACUCGGGAAGCAGCAGCGAUUCAGAUCAAGGACCUCCAAAGAAGAAGAAAAAGAAGAAAUAAACAACUCGAUGGGUUUUCUGGUCGUUUUCCCUUAACGUGUACAUUUUAGUGGUUGUGAAUUCCAGAGUUGCAGGAACGUGUACAGUUUUAUUAGCAGAAAUGGACGAGGAUGAGCUGAGAAUAGGAGAUUAUUUUGAGUUGGCUGUUGUGUUGUGUUUUGUUUUCACAACACGUUUCCCGGUUACUUCUACAAACAUAUUUUCUCCAGAUUGUACUGAACAGUAAUUAUAUAUAUAUAUAAAGUAUAAGUGUGUUGAAAAGAUCUGAGAAAACUAGUGUGCUUAUUCAUGUUGAAUCUUGUGAUUUUUUUACUAAAGUAUAUUUUUAGUCAAACUGAAUGUGUACAGCUUAAGACCUUUAAUAUAGGACCAUCACAUGAUAAAAAGACAUUAGUAUAAAACAUUUUAAAAGGGUACUGGGGAAGAAUUGCUUUGUUGAUGUUGAAAAUGGUUUAAAGCGAAAGGGGUCUUGUGAUGGAAGUUUAAUCGUUAAAUAAACGGCUUGUUUUUGCUUGA